AUGGCGGCUUCAGAAACCCAAGGCGUAUCUUAUGAAGCUGAACACGUCCAUUCCGUCUACGAAGAAAUUGCAUCGCACUUUUCGUCCACUCGCUACAAGCCAUGGCCUAUCGUCGAACGCUUUCUGAAGGAACAGCAUGAUGGCGCUAUAGGUGCCGAUGUGGGAUGUGGAAAUGGAAAAUACUUGGCUGUUAAUAAGAAAGUGUGGAUCGUGGGUAGUGACCGAUCAACAAACCUUGUCAAGAUUGCCAAACAACAUGAGCCGCACGAUGUGGUCGUAGCAGACAACCUCUCGCUGCCUCAUCCAAAUGGCGUAUUUGAUUUUGCUAUUUCGAUAGCGGUCGUGCAUCAUUUGUCUACGCCAGCAAGGAGGGUGGAGGCCGUGAAAUGUGUUUUGGACCUACUGCGGCCAUCAUCAUCAUCGCAUGGGAAUGGUGAUGGUAAAGUGGAAGGUGGUAGAGCACUGAUCUACGUUUGGGCACUUGAGCAAAAAGAUAGUCGAAGAGGAUGGGACGAGGGUCACGAGCAGGAUGUCAUGGUGCCGUGGGUCUUGAAGCAGAAAAAGGACAAGGAGAAGGGACGGAAGAAGAAGGAUGAGAGUCAAGCUCACGAGGAAGAGGCGCCGAAGCCAGAUGGUGACAAGACAUUCUUAAGAUAUUAUCAUCUGUAUCGGAAAGGGGAGCUUGAAGGUGAUAUUGAGCAGGCUGGCGGAGUUGUGUUGGAAUCGGGCUACGAGAAGGACAACUGGUGGGCUAUUGCAAGGUUACGAUAA